AUGCACAUAGCCAAGUCCCUCAAGAAAUCCACCAUGCUGUACCAGUCCUCCUCCCUCAGCUCAGCCCAUGGCCUUACAAGGAAGACCUUGGGAACAGACCCCAAAGUGAAGAAGAUCAUCCCAACGCCAGAGGCGGCGGUCGUGUCCAUCCAGGCCUGGUGGCGCGGCACCCUGGUGCGCCGGACGCUGCUGCACGCGGCCCUCCGGGCCUGGAUCAUCCAGAGCUGGUGGCGGGAACACCUGGCCCGGCAGCUGGAGAGGAGGCGGCGCGCGGCGCUGGAGUCCUACGCGCAGCAGGAGGGCGCCGCCGUGCGGCUGCAGGCCUGGGCGCGCAUGUGGCGUGUCCGCCGGCGCUUCUGCCGCCUGGUCGGCGCCGCCCGCAUCAUCCAGGCCUAUUGGCGUUGGCGGAACUGCCACACCCGUGGCUUUAUCCAGGGUCACUAUGAAGUCAAGGAGAAACAACUGAAUCUCCAGCUGGAAAUCUCGCUGGGCUCACAGGCUUGUCGGGUGACACAGUGCGUACCCCUUCCAAUAAACGAAUGACCAGGUCUGCUCUGUCCCCGUGUCCCCAGCCCUCUUCAGCAGACCCACUUUU